UAGUCGGCUCAUUCGCUAGUAUCGCUGCUAGUGCUGCUAACCUCCAAGCUGCAGAACCGCGCAGUCGGUGCAGUGUGUCGUUCGUGAGUUGCGAGGUGAAUCUAAAUAUAUAGCCUCAGGAGAAGAAAAAACACGUCCGACGUCCCCUGUGCGCUUUGUAUACUGAGGCUCAAACCGCUAACGUUGACGGAGAAACACUCCGGAAAGUGCUUAUUACUUACUGCGUCGUUUGACAGCUAACACUAGCUAGCACCGUUAGCGGUUCCACCGGAUCAAAACAAAGCACACAGGACUGAGAAGUUGAGGUUCCUACUGUCACUUACAGACUCAGUGUCGAGAUCGGUGUUGGGUGGAUGUACGUUUCCGAGAUCUAGCCACAGUGUGCAAUUGCAAUUGCUGCAACGUAUUGUUAAAAGGAGCUAGAUUGACACAGCAACAGUGAGUAUCAGCACAUUUAACAGAUUCGUGCUGAUCCAUCCUUCGCUGGUUAAACUCCAUAUCCAAAGUUGCCUCCAACCUCCACAACUCAAUGUCUGAAAAGAGUUCAUCGUCUGGAUCAGAUGAGGACGUGGACCCAGAAUCCGGGCCGCCUGUCGAACAUGGAGGAGUCCUCAGCAAGUGGACUAACUACAUCCAUGGAUGGCAGGACAGAUGGGUGGUGCUGAAAAACAACACUUUAAGUUAUUACAAGUCAGAGGAUGAACGGGAGUAUGGCUGCAGGGGCUCCCUCUGCCUCAGCAAGGCCAUCAUCACACCUCACGAAUUUGAUGAGUGUCGUUUUGACAUCAGCGUGAAUGACAGUGUCUGGUAUCUCCGGGCAGAGGACCCCGACCACAGACUGCACUGGAUCGAUUCCAUUGAGUUGCACAAGGCUGAGUCAGGCUACGGUUCGGAGACUAGUCUGAGGAGGCAUGGCUCCAUGUUGUCCCUCACCUCCGCCGCCAGCGCCCUGUCGGCCACCUCCACCUCCUCCUUCAAGGGCCACAGCUUGCGGGAGAAGCUGGCUGAGAUGGAGACCUUCCGGGACAUCCUCUGCAGACAGGUGGACACCCUGCAGAAGUACUUUGACUCCUGCGCCGACGGCGUGUCCAAAGACGAGUUCCACCGUGACAGAGUAGUGGAGGAGGACGAGGAUGACUUCCCCACCACCACCCCUUCCACUGCCUCCACCACCACACGCCCUGACGGAGACUAUGUGCACAACAACAACGGCAGCAAAGAGAAAUUGUUUCCGCCCGCCAGCCCUAAAGGGAUCAAUGGUAUUGACUUCAAGGGUGAAGCCAUCACGUUCAAGGCGACCACCGCCGGCAUCCUCUCCACGCUCUCCCACUGUAUCGAGCUCAUGGUCAAACGAGAGGACAGCUGGCAGAAGAGGCUGGACAAGGAGCUGGAGAAGAGGCGGCGGGUGGAGGAUGGCUACAAGUCGGCCAUGAACGAGCUGAAGAAAAAGUCCCACUACGGAGGACCAGACUAUGAGGAGGGCCCCAACAGCCUCAUCAACGAGGAUGAGUUCUUCGACGCCGUGGAGGCCGCGCUGGACAGGCAGGACAAGAUCGAGGAGCAGUGUCAGUCGGAGAAGGUGCGGUCGCCACGCCUGGCCAGCGUGCCCCCGGGAGACGCCUACUCCACCAUGGCCACGCACCGCUUCGCCGCCAAGCCCCAUAGCCCCUCCUCCUCCCUGUCCUCCAUUGAGCUUGUCACUGCCUCGGAAGACAUUCACAGAUUCAGCGGCCAGGUGGAGGAGAAUGUGGAGAACCACAUGACCUACUCGCUCCAGGACAUGGGUGGGGACGCCAACUGGCAAUUGGUGAUUGAGGAGGGCGAGAUGAAGGUGUACAGGAGGGAGGUGGAGGAGAACGGCAUCGUCCUGGACCCUCUCAAGGCAACGCACUCGGUGAAGGGCGUGACGGGCCACGAGGUCUGCCACUACUUCUGGGACACGGCGGUCCGACUAGACUGGGAGACCACCAUUGAGAACUUCAACGUGGUGGAGACCCUCUCGGACAACGCGGUCAUCGUGUACCAGACGCACAAGAGGGUGUGGCCCGCCUCCCAGCGGGACGUGCUGUACCUGUCGGCCAUGAGGAAGAUCGUGGCGACGGACGAGAACGACCCCGACACGUGGCUGGUGUGCAACUUCUCUGUGGACCACGAGAACGCCCAGCCCACCAAUCGCUGCGUCCGGGCCAAAAUCAACGUGGCAUUGAUCUGUCAGACGCUGGUUAGCCCGCCAGAAGGGGAUAAGGAAAUCAGCAGGGACAACAUCCUGUGCAAGAUCACCUACGUGGCAAAUGUGAACCCUGGAGGCUGGGCUCCGGCCUCGGUCCUCAGAGCUGUGGCGAAGAGGGAGUACCCCAAGUUCCUGAAGCGCUUCACCUCCUACGUCCAGGAGAAGACGGCUGGCAAACCCAUCCUCUUCUAGACCCUGCAGCAUGAGGAAGUUGGAGGUCGCCCUUUGGAGAGAUGACCUAUCAAGAUCAACAGGCUCUCCUUGAACAUAGGAACCAUUUGGUUAGAAUGUCUACUCAGACUACAUCAUCCAUGAUACCAUGCCAACCAGGAAGUCCACAGGAUGACCUGUUUCAUGGCUUUAACCCCAUCUAUAGAUGCCAUCCCAGCCAAUGCAAAUGGCCAAACAUGGACACGCAUUUGUAUGUAAAUUCAAGAAUUUCUAAAGAAAAAAAAAGUUUUGGGAAGCAACACAAUUAAUUUGCUUUUUAUUUUUGUUCUGUUUUUGUAAAUUGUUUUUGUACAUUUCCUAUGAUUACAUAAACUCCUUAACUUGGAUUUGCGUUGAACGACUAAUAUCACUGCUUCCUGUCUUGCUGCUAUGGUGGCUACAUGCUGGAUAGAGGGUGGUAGAGGAGUGAGGCAGACUGGGAGCUCUGGGCCCUCUCCUCCUUGCCUUCCUCCGGUCCCUCUAGUGACGACUCAGCUUUAGUUUGAGGGAGGGGACGGAGCCUGACGCUUUGGACCGCUUUUUCUCGGAAAUCUCUAUAUUUCUAGAUUGUUUAUCGAUUCGCUUUCAGAGAUCACUAUGGGCACAGUGUAUUGUACAGAAAACUGAGGAAUUUUGCAAAUGUGCAUAAAUGUGAAUUGACUGUUGAAUGGCUUUGAGUUUGACAGUCGGGUCCAUAAGGAAAGGGCUUUGGGAGAUUUUCAGGCGAGGUGGAUGAGAUUCACUUUGGGGAUUUAAUUAGUUGUCUUUGACAUGGUUGAGUUUGAUGAUAAUAAAAUAGACAUAUGUAAUAUGUGGUUGGCUUUGGCCCAUAGAUACAACGGUUUAGUUGACUAAUGUACCACCUACCACUCCUCCACAUAAAGAAUGGUGUUCACAGACUGUAAACUGUGUCUCGAUAGCAAGCAAACCUCUUGAUCACGCAAAGAUGGGACUUCAGGUUGGAUUGUUUUUCUCUGGGCGUGAACCGAUUUGGGAUGGACAUGUGGCGUGUCCAAUCCGGUGUCUCGGUUUGGGAAGCGGGGCACACCCUUGACUAAAAACCCCCUAUUGCGCUUGUCUGGUUGUUUUGAGGUCGUAAGCAACAAGGUUUCCACUGGAUUAUCAUGUCUGGCCCCCAUGCACACAGACAUCCUAUAAACGACAUUUCAUGUAACACAUAGUACUGUGUCAGCCUCUGCCCUUUGACUGUUAAAAAUGCCCCCCCCAAAUCAAAUGCCUUACAUAUACCAGGAGGGGUCCCUGUAAAAGACCCGCUGGAUGUCAUGUAUGUAUGACCACCAGAUGUGCAUUGAUCAACACUAAAAUGAAGGGGUGGGGGGGUGGGAUCGCGGGUUCACGCGUCAACAUUUCAUAUCAUUAUACCUCAAUGUGUUCAGUUGCUGUCGUAUAUUUUUUCCCCCCUAGCUUUUAAAAUUCCAAUCUUUGCAAUCAGUAGGAAUAUAUG